AUGGUCCUCGAAACAAUAUAUAUCGCAAGACACGGAUUCCGCUCUAAUUGGCUCCCAGGACCAGUUCCAGAGCCGCCAACUGGUAUCAACAGUGAUAAUGUUCUUGCACCACAUGGUCUCGAUCAAGCUAAGGAACUAGCUAUCCAUGUAUCAAGUCUUGAAAAAAAACCAGAAGCUCUCUUCUCGUCUCCUUUCUACCGCUGUCUUCAAACUUCGACCCCAAUAGCUGAUGCGCUUGGCCUUGAGAUUUUGGUGGAAAAUGGUAUUGGGGAAUGGUAUAAACCUGAUCGUGGAAUUAUCCCUGAGCCAGCUUCACUCGAGCUUUUACUCAAAUUCUUCGAUAACAUCAACACCGAAUGGUCCUCAUUGAUCACCGCCUCAAAUAAAGGGGAAACCGAAGGGGAAAUCUUCGCUCGUACUCAACAAUUCUGGAAACGUUUUUUCCCAAAAUUUGAAGCUGAAUUCCCAAAAAUUAAAUCCAUCAUGUUUGUGUGUCAUGCUGCCACCAAAAUUGCUUUGGGAAUGUCCCUCAUGGGAUAUUCUGGUGUUAGAGACCAGAUAAAUUUCAAGGGUGAAAAGUACUUACGUUCUGGUGCUUGCUCUUUGGAUACCUAUACUCGUGAUUCUGCUGAAGGAAAAUGGGAAAUUGAAGUCAAUGGAGAUACUUCGUUCUUAAGCCAAGGCGAAGAAAUGAGUUGGCAUUUCAUUGACAAAGUAGAGGCAGGGUCAGAUGAAGACAUUAAAUUGAGAAGGGAAGCAGCUGAAAAGGCUGCUCAUGAGAAAGAUUCAGCUUCUGUGGAUCAAGUAUCUCAGGAGGAAGAAAUCGAAGAUUUCUAUGUUACAAUUGAUGUCCCAACAGCUGAGCUUCGAGCCAGUAUCUCGUCCAGCCAGGUACCUAGUCAUCCAUCACAGGUGCAUCAGAAUUUUUCACUAUAUCAUGCUCCAUCCAAUCGUGAGACUUUCAAAAAAUACGUAUAUGAAGGAGAAGCCGGGUCCUCUAAUAAUAACCCACUUAUCACUGCGACAGCUUCUGCAUCACAGUACACUCCAACAUCAAAAAUGCAAAUUACCGGUAUUGGGACUGGAAAGCCACUCGCAAAAAUCGAUAAUUUCCUUUUUCAAGGUGACUGGAAACAGCUCGUUGGCACGGAGCUUGUAUUUUCGGAAAAGGGAGAAGUCAUUGCUAAAGUUAAUAAUCAUAUAGAAUUGAUAAGAGGUGAAUUGAUUACGAGCGAGCAAUUCGAAGCCAGAAAACACGAUGCUUUGGCUGGUAUGAGUUUAUAUCGCAGAGCUUUAACCAUAGCGAGAGAGCGUGAAGGGGUAGCAGAGCCUGGGAUUCAAAUACAAGGUGAGCAGACAGGAGAACAAGAAGGAGAAGGAGAAGGAGAAGGAGAAGAGGGGGAGGAAGGUGAGAAUGCCGAAGAAAAAGGUGAAAUUAAUAUGAACGACGAGGAUAUUGAAAUGACCCAAGAUUAG